UAUUCCCAGACGACCUCAUCAACCAUUAACCUGUCCAACCAUGGAUGCCCUUCGGUCUAUCAGUCCAUCCGUUGCAUUCAAAGUUGCUAACACGUUGGCCGCUGCGUUGUUGCUGGGAGGUGGUAUUACUCAUCUAAUCUAUCACUCUUUCACCUCGAUUAUCGUUGGCAUCUACGCCGUGAUAUUUGGCAUUCUUGUUGCGCUGCUCGAAUGGUAUCCCGUGGGCGCUGAACGGCACCACGUUCUCUACCGUCAUGCAUCCUUCUUCUACUCCUUCAUCGGACGUGGUAUUUUUUAUGCGCUCUUCGGUGUGCUGCUCCUGGACCAUUUCACCGUUGCCUACGUGUUUGGCGGUUUCCUCAUCUUCGUCGGCAUUAUCUUCUUCGUUCUGCAAUUCGUGCCCAUCUACGACAUCCCUCCUUCUAUGCAACCUCCCAGCUCCGCCGAGGAUGCACAGCCGGUGUGGAACGCUGACGCAGAUGCCGUCUAAGUAACAUAUCCGACCGUACCAAACUUCCAGCCAUUCCGAAGGCGCUUAGGACAUUGCGAGCCAAUACUAUUAUCUGCUGUGUAUUUAGAUAGUGCUACAUGUUAAUUACUAUUACC